AUGCGAUCCCCUCUAUAUCAAAAGUUGGAUGAUGCAGAGGAUGUCGAUUACGAAGAGUCGGAUGCCCUGAACCCUGCCCAAGAUGAUUCUAAGAACGCCUCGACAAGAUGGAGUAUGCGAAUACUCUCAGUACCCGGCGGCUUCGUUCUCUUCAACUUGGUUUUCUUCCUCUUCUCGAUCCUGAUCCUCCUGUUAUCCAUCAUCCACGUACAGAACAUAACCCACAACAUGGACAACAGCCUAAUCAAAAAGACAUCCUCAUACUCACCCAUCCUCGACAAACUCCCCAUCCCCCUCCGCGAAACACGCACCCACGGAAACUUUUUCGCCGACGACCCCCCCUCCCUCUUCCAACUCCCCCCAAGCCCCGAAGUCGAUGCCGCAUGGAACCGCAUCUCCGACACGCACGCCAUCGUGCUCUCACGGGACGAGAUCCUGAAAAUGGGUCGUGAUCCGGCCGAACAAUGGCGUUUUCCGCCAGAGUACGGGUACGGCGACGAAGCUUACAUGGGUCUUCUGGACGUGUUUCACCACCUGCAUUGUCUGAACGCGAUGCGACAAGCCGCGUAUCCGGAAUAUUACUUUAACAAGACAACACACGCCGGUGGUCAUUCGCAUCACGAGCGUUCCGGGGGUCCGGGGCAGGUGCAUUUCACGCGCGGAGGUCACGAUUUGCAUUGUCAGUAUAUCUUGUUACAGUUUAUCUUGUGUCAUGCCGAUGUGGGCGUGGUUACGUUUAAUAAGGUAGAGGGGGUGAAAGGGCCGAUGGCGGAUUUUAGUAUUGAUCAUAAAUGCCGCGAUUUUGAGCGGAUUUUGGAUUGGAAAGAAGAAAAUCAGGUGAAUGUUUCUGAUGAGCAGUGGAAGUUGAUUAAUCGUGUGCCGGAGGGGAUUCGAGAGUUGUCGGGGGAGGGGAAGUCGAGGCCUUUUGGGGAGAAUUGA